ACUCACUUACUACGAUAUACUUGACUAAUACUUCUCUAGCUAGACGUAGACAAAGACGACUCUGCAAGAGAUGGCCGUAACAACAGUCACAUCUGACGAACACUUCGAACAGCUCCUCAAGCAACAUGCAAGCACGACCCUCUGCCUCAACUUCUGGGCAAGCUUCGCACAACCGAGUCUCCAAAUGAAUACAGUCUUUGCGGAACUCGCAGGCCAAUUCACGACUGUCCAGUUCCUGCAAGUUGACGCAGAAGAGCUGGAAGAUAUCUCCGAGUCGUUUGAUGUGAAUGCGGUUCCCUUUUUCGUUGUGAUGAGGGGGACAGAGGUACUUUCGAGGAUAUCGGGGGCGAAUCCAUUGGAACUGCAAAAGGCAUUGCGUCGCGCUGUACCGGAGCAAUCGACGCCUGCUGCUCAGGAAGCGCAUACAGAGACGGCAGUCACUGGACAACCUGGCGCUGCAGACACAGCAACAAUGGCGACAUCAGCACCAGCAGAGGAAGAAGGCGAGGAGGAUUUACAAACAAGACUGAAAAGCUUAACGACAGCAGCACCCGUCAUGCUCUUCAUCAAGGGUGUUCCAUCGGCGCCACAAUGUGGAUUCUCGAGAACACUUGUGAGUUUGUUGCGGGCAGAGGGGAUUCAUUAUGGGUUCUUCAAUAUUCUGGCGGAUAACAGUGUCAGGCAAGGUCUCAAGGCGUAUGCGGAAUGGCCUACCUUCCCGCAGGUGUAUGUGAAGGGUGAGUUUCUGGGUGGAUUGGAUGUCGUGCGAGAGAUGAUUGAGAAUGGAGAGAUGCAGGAGGUCUUGGAGGAAGCUGGUAUCAAGACGACAAAGUAACAUAGAUGAAAGCUUCUUAUUGCUCUGCUUGUUGCGCUUGUUCUGCUUGUUCUGCUCUCCUGGCACGAGACGCGAGUAAGGCCUGCUUCUUCUUCUCAAUCUGUUCCUUCUGCUGCUGUUCCACGCUGCCUUGUUAGCUGUAUGUUGACGACUUGAUAGAGAAUCGUACCCGUAGAGGAAGUAACCGAGUCCGCCAAAGAGUGUGGCAUACGCCGCAUGACCGCCGAGCGCUAGUCUGUCAGUAGAGGAUGCAUAGAGGAGAGCAACGUACAUGAGAACUGGGUGCGUUGCUGAAGGCCGAGCUGGAAGGAGCGGGUGACGAGGCCGACUGCGCUCCAUCCGAGGAUGUUUGAGAGGAGAGACUGUGGGCUGUUAGUGGAUGCAAUGAAGCUGUCUCUGCAUGCUCA